AUGACUACUUCCACCGACAACUCAACAUCCAAGGUCGAAUGGAUCACCGCCGAGGACGGCCACGAGAUCUUCUCAAAGACCUGGCACCCUGUCGGAGCGCCCCUGGCCAAUAUCGUCUUUGUCCACGGACUGGGCGAGCAUAUCGUUCGCUACAAUCAUGUCUUUGAAGAGUUCAACAAGGCUGGGUUCCAGGUUUCAGCCUUUGACCAGCGCGGGUUCGGAGAAACAGGGAAAAAGUCAAAGUCCUUGGGCUGCUCUGGGGGCUAUGACAAGGCCAUCCCCGACAUUACCGCAGCCUUGAAGCGUGCCGAGGCUGAAGGCGUUCCUCUGUUCUUGAUGGGACACAGUUAUGGCGGAGGUUUAGUGCUCAACUAUGAUUGUAUCGGACCAUUGAAGCACAAGCUCGCAGGACUGAUUGCUUCAGCGCCCAUGAUUCUAGCUUCUGGUCCCACGCGCCCCAGUAGCUUGACGGUUGGGUUUGCAGGCCUUGUCUCCAAGGUCCUCCCCUCACUGCAGAUCCCCACCAACCUUUCCUCAAAGUUCAUCUCCCGUGACCCCAAGGCGGUGGAGAAAUACGAUGCGGACCCACUCGUUCACGGAUACGGAACGACUAAGGGCUUGUAUGAUAUGCUAUCGAACGGACAGGCCUUGUUGACAACCCGCUAUAAGGAUAUCACACCCGAUGUGCCGCUGUUGAUCUGUCACGGAACUGAGGAUGGCUUGACGGAUCACCAGGCGAGCAAGGAGUUCUUUGACAAGAUUCAGGUCAAAGACAAGGAAUACAAGGUUUACGAGAAUCAUUACCAUGAGCUGCACAAUGAGCCGGAGGAUGAUCGUAAGGUCGUAAUCGAUUAUUAUAUCGAAUGGAUCCGCAAGCGCCUGCCCGCAGCCAAAUCGUCUACUUAG